UUUCUUUAUAACGUUGAACGUUGAACGUCAAAGAAAGAGGCUCCCUCUUUUGUUCUUUCCGAGGUUAGAUUUUGAGAACCACGUUUCUUUCCGAAACAUUUAUUACAUUUAGUAAACAUGGGUCGCGUUCGUACCAAAACCGUCAAAAAGGCCUCCAAAGUCAUCAUCGAAAAGUAUUACACCCGCUUGACUUUGGAUUUCCAUACCAACAAGCGUAUUUGUGAAGAAAUCGCUAUUAUUCCCACAAAACCCUUGCGUAAUAAAAUCGCUGGAUUUGUUACACAUUUGAUGAAGCGUCUGCGUCACUCACAGGUGCGUGGUAUUUCAAUUAAAUUGCAAGAGGAGGAACGUGAAAGACGUGAUAACUACGUCCCAGAGGUCUCCGCUUUGGAACAUGAUAUCAUCGAGGUGGAUCCCGAAACUAAGGAAAUGUUGAAGAUGCUGGAAUUCAAUAAUAUUAGUGGGCUCCAAUUGACCCAAUUACCUGCAAACACAUUUAAUAGACGUACGUAAUUUUUAUGUAAUAACUAAGAAAAAAUAAAUUUUACAUUGGUACAAUA